UCCUCCUCUCCUCCAGCCUCAGAGGCUCAUGGGGACUGCAGACGUCAGCUUUGCAUGGCAGCCUCCAGGAAGCGCUGAAGUGGGUGCUUUAGGAAAAGGAGCCGGGCAGGAAGCAGGGAAACGACCAGGAACAUGGCUCCAAAGAUUACUACAGAUCUGCUUCGACAGCUUCGGCAAGCAAUGAAAAACUCCAGAUAUGUUCCAGAGCCAAUCCAAGCCUACAUUGUACCUUCUGGAGAUGCGCAUCAGAGUGAAUACAUUGCACCUUGUGACUGUAGAAGAGAGUUCAUUUGCGGGUUUGACGGCUCAGCAGGAACUGCCAUUAUUACAGAGCAACAUGCAGCCAUGUGGACCGAUGGACGGUACUUUCUGCAAGGUGCCCAGCAAAUGGAUAGCAACUGGACGCUCAUGAAGAUGGGUCUGAAGGACACUCCCACACAGGAGGACUGGCUUGUCAGUGUGCUUCCCGAGGGCUCCAGAGUUGGAGUAGACCCAUUCAUUAUCCCAGCAGAUCAAUGGAAGAGGAUGUCCAAAGUUUUGAAAAGUGCUGGGCAUGCUCUCUUGCCAGUGAAGGACAAUCUCAUUGAUGCCAUCUGGGCAGAUCGACCACCACGGCCUUGCAAACCUCUGAUAACCCUGAGCUUGAACUACACAGGGAUGAGUUGGAAGGACAAGAUCACAUCUCUGCGGGGGAAAAUGGCUGAGAGGAAAGCUCUGUGGUUUGUGGUGACAGCCUUGGAUGAAGUGGCAUGGCUCUUUAAUCUCAGAGGUUCUGAUGUUGAAUACAACCCGGUGUUUUUUGCUUAUGCCAUCAUAGGUAUCAAUACCAUCAGAUUGUUUAUUGAUGGUGACCGCAUGGGAGACCCAGCUGUGAGAGAACAUCUUCUGCAGAAUUCUCCUCAAGAUGCUGAAUUGAGUAUCCAAGUGUUGCCAUACGACUCCAUCCUCGCGGUUCUGAAGUCCAUCUGUGAGAGCCUAAAUCCUCAUGAGAAAGUUUGGCUCAGUGACAAAUCCAGCUAUGCUCUGACCCAGGCCAUCCCUAAGGAUCAUCGUUAUCUCACCCCCUACACUCCCAUAUGCAUUGCAAAGGCUGUGAAGAAUGCAUCUGAGGCCGAAGGCAUGAGGAAGGCUCAUAUCAAGGAUGCUGUUGCUCUUUGUGAGCUAUUUAAUUGGCUGGAGAAGGAGGUUCCUAAAGGAAAUAUUUCUGAAAUUAGAGCAGCGGAUAAAGCAGAAGAAUUCCGUAGCCAGCAAGAGGACUUUGUCGAUCUGAGCUUUGCUACCAUUUCAAGUACAGGCCCAAAUGGUGCCAUCAUUCACUACAAGCCUACACCUGAGACUAAUAGGACUUUAUCCAUGAAUGAGAUCUAUCUCCUAGAUUCUGGUGCUCAGUACAAGGACGGUACCACUGAUGUGACAAGAACUAUGCAUUUUGGUGCCCCUUCGGCUUACGAAAAGGAGUGUUUUACGUAUGUCUUAAAGGGCCAUAUAGCUGUCAGUGCUGCCAUAUUUCCCAAUGGAACCAAAGGUCAUCUCCUGGACUCUUUUGCCCGGUCUGCUCUCUGGGAUCAAGGUUUAGACUACCUGCACGGCACAGGACAUGGAGUUGGCGCUUUCUUAAAUGUCCAUGAAGGCCCAUGUGGCAUUAGUUACAAAACAUUCGCAGAUGAACCUUUGGAAGCCGGCAUGAUUGUUUCUGAUGAACCUGGCUAUUAUGAAGACGGUUCUUUUGGGAUCCGAAUAGAAAAUGUGGUCAUAGUCAUUCCAGUCAAAACGAAGUUUAACUUCAGUAAUAGAGGGAGUUUGACUUUUGAACCUCUGACCUUGGUUCCAAUCCAGACCAAAAUGAUAAAUGUUCACUUGCUGACCCAAAAAGAGUGUGACUGGGUGAAUGACUACCAUAGAAAAUGCAGAGAGGUGGUUGGGGCUGAACUUGAACGACAAGGACGACACGAAGCUCUCCAGUGGCUCCUUAGGGAAACAGAGCCAAUCUCCAAAAUGCAUUAAUGUACUUUUUAAAAAACAACAACAAAAUAAUCCAAUUCAUUUUAAAAUUGCAAAAACGGGACAGGUUGAGCUUCACAACAUUAUACUUGGUGCCAAUAUGCCUGAUGAUACUGGUAGAAAGUGUGUGUGUGUGUGUGGGGGGGGGGGAGGUGUGUGCAAAAAAUCCUUUCCUAUAAUGAUCAGGACUAACAGAAAAAUGGGAGUCGGUUGGGAUUUGUUUAGAAGCACUUCCUUCCCAAAUAUUAGUUUUCCCCCUUUGUGAUAAUGAAAAAAAUAAAUCCAGAGCUAUGAAAUCUUUUACUUUUAGAGAGAGGACAGGACAAGUGGGAUGAAUGCAUGAUCAUGCUGUAAACCCAAAGGGUUUAAAUGACUGCAUUGUUUAUUAUGCUAAUUCCAAGCUUAACCAAAUUGCUUGAGAGAUAGAGAGAACCUACCAUGAUAUAAGUUGUUCGCCUCUGACAAUCCAGCCAAGUGGUAACGAAAAAUGUUAUUAUGUAAAGGGUUCUUGUAGCAAUUUUGAGACGCUCAGAGAGAAUGAAAUGGGUAGCAUAAGCUCUUGUAGGCUCAAUCUACCAAAAUAAUCUAGUGUACUGUGCUCCCGAGCAUCUCCAAAUGCAGCAUAGGAACAGCGCAGGAUUCAUUGAUGUCCACUUGGUUGGCUAGGCCAAGAGUGCAUUGGGACUCCUGCUGCUAUUUUGCCAUCCAAAAGACAUUUUGCUGACAGUUUUGUUUCUGUGUGUUGUCGAAGGCUUUCAUGGCCGGAAUCACUGGGUUGCUAUGAGUUUUCUGGGCUGUAUGGCCAUGUUCCAGGAGCGUUAUCUCCUGACGUUUAGCCCACAUUUAUGACAGGCUUCCUCAGAAGUUGUGAGGUCUGUUGGAAACUAGACAAGUGAGCUACCUAGUUUCCAACAGACUUCACACCUAGUUUCCAACAGACUUCACAGCGUCUGGAGAUUUCUGCCCUAGAUGUGGGCAAAACAUCAGGAGAGAAUGCUUCUGGAACAUGGCCAUACAGCCCAGAAAACUCACAGCAACCCAGAUUUUUUUCUGAUGAAGCACCCAGCCGUGAGAUCAGCAGAAGCAAUGUUGCCAGCAAGGCAUUGCCAAGUAACUGCUUCUACAGGGUGAGGCAGCAUAACUUCCUUUUUUCAAAACUUAAUAAAAUCCAUUGUAUGAAUCAGAAAUUUUUUUAUAAUGUAGGUGCAUACCUAAAGUUUAGUUUUACAUAGUUUUGAAGAUCAAAUUAGGUAGGCGACGUCCCCUUUUCUCCAUUCUCCAUACACUGAGUAAACCGAUUUCUGGUGUUUGUCAUGACUCUUGCCAGCACACCAGGUGUUAUAUUGGCAAUUUCUUCCUGGAUGUUGGUCUUCAAAUCUUGGAUGGUUCACAUAAACACGGGAUUUCAAAAAAACCCAUAGAAAAAAAUCACAAGGGGUCAAAUCUGGAGAGCGGGCCGGCCACUCCAAAUCUGUUCGAAAAGUAGGCCUCAAUGGCAAAAACACGCUCCUCACUGUUCCAACGCAUGAUGGUGACUGAACUGUGUCAGGACAAAACUUUAUACUCCCGCCUCUCAAACGAGACCACUAGCGCUCCGCUACGUCUUCAACCGACUGAAUGACGCACAUUUAAAAAAAGGAAGUUAUGCUGCCUCACCCUGUAGUUGUUUGACCUGGAGACACUGAAUCUGGUCAGAGGUUAACACCUAAGAAACACCGGGAUCACUCUGAAGCUUUCAGGAAGUUUCAAAGUAAAUUGCAGAUUUUCUUGCACCGGAUUAAUAGAUGGAAACAUUUCUGCUGUGAAACCAGCUGUAAGCAGCGUGGACUCCUUGCAGCAGUUGCAAGGUGAAUCUCUUUUAUUUGACCCAUGAAGACACAGCCCUAGUCUAUAAAAGCUUAUACUACAAACAUCUUUCUUUACCUUUGUAUUCUACCACCAUAGAGAGCAUAUGCUAUUUAUGCUAUAGCAGAGUAGUAAUAAAAUAUACCUCUUGUGGGUCCUUGAGACUGGUAAUCUUAGCAUGGCUGUAUAUCAAAAGGUUUUUAAGCUUAGCUUUUCUCCACCUGCCAUUUAAUAACCGUAACUAAUUCAUGAAUUUGCCUACACUUGUUUGUUACUUGGUGACUUCCAACAUCAAGUGAUGCUUUGCUGCCAUAAAUCAGACACCACCUAGUGCAAUAUGGUGCAUGUCUACUCUGAAGCAAGUCAUGUUUAGUUCAGUGGGUCAUACUUUCAGGUACAUUGGUGGUUUUUUUUUUUUUUACCACGAAUAGGACCAUUUGGAUUCAGUAGGUCUUACUCCCCGGUAUACAAGCUGGUAGCCUCUGCUAAGAGCAUUCAGAUAAGCUUCCAUGAUCCCGAUUCACCUUGAACAAAAUAAUUUUUCAUAGAUGCAGUUCACAAUGUCUGUCAGAUGUCUGUCAAUGACCCUUAAAUCUUGAAAAGUGGUUGCCCCUCCACUCCUGACUUUUGAGAACACAUUGUAAAUUGCUUUUUGUGAAACUGUUUUGGACACCAUCUUGUGAAAGCUUGCAGUAUAACACAACAGGGCCUCCUCCAGUAUCAUCUCUGCCUGCGUCUCUCCCAGCUCUUGAAACCGUUGAGAGUAUGGACUUCUGGAUAGAUGCAUUAACAAAACUGAUGUUAGAAAACAGUGCUGUGUGUAAAGGACAUUAAAUGUUCAAAUGGAUCUUUUAUACACUUUGGAUCAAUUCUCCUCCUGUUUUUACAUUGCCCAAACACAGGAACUCCAAGUGCCAAUAAAAUCACUUUACUUUA